AGCCAUGGAGGAGCCCGAGCCCGCGGGGGCCGCGCAGCCCGGGCUGCGCUCGCUGCUGCCGCCGCGGGAGUUCCUGGGCUCCCGCAAAGGGCAGCUGCUCCUCGCGGAGUCGGUGCUGUCAUUUAUCAUCUUUAUCUGCUAUAUUGCAUCUCUAGCAGCUUCUUUCAUGAUGGCACCACUCCUAGAGUUUCUGCUGGCCCUGUUUCUUUUUUAUGCCUACGCCUCCAAGCUUAAUGAGAAGUUUAAAGGACUCUACUGGCCUUUGACGGAUUUCUUGCGCUGUGUCACUGCUGCCAUUAUUUACUUUGCCAUUUCCAUUGCUGCUGUCUCCAAGUACAAUGAUGGAGCAUCUAAAGCAGCAGGGGUGUUUGGGUUUGUGGCCACCAUCGUGUUUGCCAUUGAUUUCUACAUCACCUUCAAUGACCUGGUCAGCUUCCUGAAGCAGGGCAGCUCUGAUCCCCCCGAGGGGCACAAGUCAGAAGAUGAGAACUCUGACUCUGACUCAGACUGAAGAACCAAACACCAACCAAGCAUGAAGGGAAGAUGAUCAAGCACUUUCCUCUGCUGAAUGCACUGCCAAGUGAAAUAUCUCCCUUAUUGCAGCCUCCGGAUCCUCUUUCCACCUCACUGUUCGUGGAGUCACCAAGGCAUGGACAGGGCAGUGAUGUGGAAAAGGAGACUAUUCCCAAAGCCAUUAGAGACUCUGUCAAAACUAGAGAUUCUGCAGUAGCUCAGCCUUCCACAGAGGAGUGUGUCCAAACACAGCUCAGUUCUCCUUUGCCCCUCCUUCCUCAGCCCUACAAUGUCCUGAGUAAAUGGGAGCAGCAUUUUAAACAUAAUCAGAGCUUUUAACCCGCUUUCUUACUUCCAAAUCCUUAACACUUACAGCUUUUGUCCUUCUUGAGGUGCCAAAGAAGAGAGGUUUGAAUGCCUCUAUUUGUAUUUUUCUUUUUAACUAACAGUAUUUCUUUCUCUCAAGUCUGAGUAUUCCACUCAGAAGCACUGAAGGCCUGGAUUACAGUUAACUCAGUACAUUUAUAUCUGCUGCCUAUCUGUGACCAGAAGUGACAACUGGAAAUCUGCAGCAAGAGCCAACCUCAGAGUCUGACUGCUGCAGGCAGCUGGCUCAUCAAACAUUCACAAUCACUCUUUUUAAGCUGCUGGGAUGGAGUCACAUCCCAUCUGCUGCCAUUUCACCAGCGAGACGAGGCAGGACAGGGGAGCCAGGCUCUUCCCAGCCCCUUUCCUGCUGGCUGUGUUUGCCCAGCCAGGGAAGGCAGCCUUGCCAACCCAGCAGGAUCUGCCCAGAGGAGCCUGCAGGUGUCUGUGCACAGGACACCACAGGACACCACUGCCUGCUCUGCCCUGUGCUGGGGGCACUGCUGCUCCCCCAACACCAGCACUGCACUUGGGCCAUGGCUUUGCAAAACAGGGAACUGGUUCUGCCACACUUGGGAAACCUGAGCCCCAGGAGGGCAGGGCAUCCCCCCUCUGUGAGAAGGCAAAGAAACCAAGCCCCAAACUACAGAAGGUCUGCAAUGAGUUCAUUUUCCCAGACCCCUUU